AUGCAGGAGGCGAAGAUCGAGCCGAUCAUCGUGAGCUAUAACGCUGGAAUCAGCGCGUGCGAGAAAGAGGGGCAGUGGUCUGAGGCGUUGUGGUUGUUCACGGAGCUGGUCGAAGAUAGCUUGGAACUUAACACAAUGAGCUACAACACUGUAAUCAGUGCCUGCGGUAAAGGCUGGAAGUGGCAGGAAGCACUAUCUUUGUUCACUGGGGUCCGCGAUGCGAAUUUGGAGCCGGAUGGCAUCAGCUAUAACGUUUGCAUCACCGCGUGCGAGACAGCCUCACAGUUCCAGCGGGCGGUCUCGCUGCUAAGGGACAUGUGGGAUGUGAAGCUGGAGUAUAGCGUCAGCAUGUACGGCUCGGGAAUCAGCGCUUGUGAGAAAGUGGGGCGGUGGCAGCAUGCACGAUCGCUGCUGAGCGAGAUGCGGGAGAUGAAGCUUGAGCCGGAUGUUGUGUGUUACACAGGUGGAGUCAGAGCGUGUGGAAAGGGCGGACAGUGGCAGCUAGCGCUGUCAUCCUUCAGGGAGAUGUUGGAGGCGAGCGUGGAGCCUGACGCCGUCAGCUUCAGGUCCGCAAUCCAAGCGUGCGGGAAGGUUGGGCAGUGGCAGGAGGCACUGUCGCUGCUCAGGGAGCUACUCGAGGUGGGGCUGGAGCCCGAGGUCAUCUCCUCUACUACUUUGGAAUCACGGCUUGCGGAGAAGGACGGCGCUGGCAGAAGGCGUUGUCUCUGUUGA